AUGUCAGCUCUUAAAGGCGCCACAACGCCAAUCUACUUUGGCUCCUUCAUUGUCACACCACAGGUCUUCCACACAACCCCCCUAACCUUCGCCUUGGUAAACCUGAAACCAAUCCUCCCGGGCCAUGUCCUAGUCUCCCCACGUCGCGUCGUCCCACGCGUCACAGACCUCACCCCGGCCGAAACAAGCGACCUCUUCCUAACGGUGCGGCGUGUGGGCCGCAUGGUCGAGCGCGUAUACGGUGCCGCGAGCUUGAACAUCGCCAUUCAGGACGGCGUGCACGCCGGCCAGAGCGUGCCUCAUGUCCAUGCGCAUAUCAUUCCGCGCAAGGCGGCGGAUCUGGAUCAUGCCGGUGGCACGGAUGCGGUUUAUGACUUGCUUGAUGGGGAUGAGGGGGAUUUGGGGAGGGUGUUUAAGAAUGCUGUUCCUACGGAAGAGGGUAAUCAGUCGACUGAUGUUGGGGAUGUGAAUUCGGGAAGGAGGUCUAGGUUCCCGGUUGUGGAUAAUGAUGCACGCAAGCCUCGUGGUGAAGAGGAUAUGAGGGCCGAGGCUGAGAUGUUGGCGCGGGAGAUGGAGAAUGAGCCUCUUGAUUAA